AUGCCUUUAGAACUUACCUGCCCUCCAGGUGUUAAUGGGAUCUCUCUUCUUAUUCCAGCCCAGGACGAUCAGAGCAAUGAGGAGGAGAGUGAAAAGAGAUUCAGUCAGAGUGGCAAUCUUCAAAGUCAUCAGAGAAUCCACACGGGGGAGAGACCUUUUGAAUGCUCAGAGUGUGGAAAGAGAUUCAAUGACAGUAGCAGUCUUCACAGGCAUCAGAGAACCCACACAGGGGAGAAACCUUUUGAAUGCUCAGAGUGUGGAAAGAGAUUCAGUCAGAGUGGCCAUCUUCAAAGUCAUCACAGAACUCACACAGGGGAGAGACCUUUUGAAUGCUCAGAGUGUGGAAAGAGAUUCACUGACAGUGACAAUCUUCACAGGCAUCAGAGAACCCACAUAGGGGAGAAACCUUUUGAAUGCUCAGAGUGUGGAAAGAGAUUCAGUCAGAGUGGCCAUCUUCAAAGUCAUCAGAGAACCCAUACAGGGGAGAGACCUCUUGAAUGCUCAGAGUGUGGAAAGAGAUUCAGUCAGAGACAGAAUCUUCAAAGUCAUCAGAGAACCCACACAGGGGAGAGACCUUUUGAAUGCUCAGAGUGUGGAAAGAGAUUCACUGACAGUGACAAUCUUCACAGGCAUCAGAGAACCCACAUAGGGGAGAGACCUUUUGAAUGCUCAGAGUGUGGAAAGAGAUUCACUGACAGUGACAAUCUUCACAGGCAUCAGAGAACCCACACAGGGGAGAGACCUUUUGAAUGCUCAGAGUGUGGAAAGAGGUUCAGUUGGAGUAGCCAUCUUCAAAGUCAUCAGAGAACCCACACAGGGGAGAGACCUCUUGAAUGCUCAGAGUGUGGAAAGAGAUUCUAUCAGAGCAGCCAUCUUCGAAGUCAUCAGAAAACCCACAGCGGGGAGAAACCUUUUGAAUGCUCAGAGUGUGGAAAGAGAUUCAGUCAGAGUGGCACUCUUCAAAGUCAUCAGAGAACCCACACAGGGGAGAGACCUUUUGAAUGCUCAGAGUGUGGAAAGAGAUUCAGUCGGAGUGGCAGUCUUCAAAGUCAUCAGAGAACCCACACAGGGGAGAGACCUUUUGAAUGCUCAGAGUGUGGAAAGAGAUUCAGUCACAGUGGCAGUCUUCAAAGUCAUCAGAGAACCCACACAGGGGAGAGACCUUUUGAAUGCUCAGAGUGUGGAAAGAGAUUCAGUCAGAGUGGCACUCUUCAAAGUCAUCAGAGAACCCACACAGGGGAGAGACCUUUUGAAUGCUCAGAGUGUGGAAAGAGAUUCAGUCAGAGUGGCCAUCUUCAAAGUCAUCAGAGAACCCAUACAGGGGAGAGACCUCUUGAAUGCUCAGAGUGUGGAAAGAGAUUCAAUCAGAGCAGCCAUCUUCGAAGUCAUCAGAAAACCCAUAGCGGGGAGAAACCUUUUGAAUGCUCAGAGUGUGGAAAGAGAUUCAAUCAGAGACAGAAUCUUCAAAGUCAUCAGAGAACCCACACAGGGGAGAGACCUUUUGAAUGCUCAGAGUGUGGAAAGAGAUUCAGACAGAGUAGCAGUCUUCACAGCCAUCAGAGAACCCACACAGGGGAGAGACCUUUUGAAUGCUGAGAGUGUGGAAAGAGAUUUAGUCACAGUUGCAGUCUUCAAAGUCAUCAGAGAACCCACACAGGGGAGAGACCUUUUGAAUGCUCAGAGUGUGGAAAGAGGUUCAGUUGGAGUAGCCAUCUUCAAAGUCAUCAGAGAACCCACAGCGGGGAGAAACCUUUUGAAUGCUCAGAGUGUAGAAAGAGAUUCACCGACAGUAGCAGUCUUCAAAGUCAUCAGUUAACCCACACAGGGGAGAGACCUUUUGAAUGCUCAGAGUGUGGAAAGAGAUUCAGUCGAAGUGGCCAUCUUCAAAGGCAUCAGAGAACGCACACCAGGGAGAGACCUUUUGAAUGCUCAGAUUGUGGAAAGUGGUUCAGUGAGAGACAGAACCUUCAGAGGCAUCAGAGAACGCACACAGGGGAAGUCCUUGUAAUUGCUUAG